AUGUCUACCAUGCCCCAUGAACAUGGACGAAAGAGGCGUCGAGAACACAGCAAUGGCAGGAACGAAGAACCACUUUCUGCACUUUUGGGGGGAGUAGAAAGGAUGCAAGACCAGUCGACUGCACAUAGUGUCCUCCUCAGCAGCCUGGCACGCGACAUACAGCUUCUCAAAUCUCUUUUCAAUGUAAUCGAUUUGUUGAAAGAGGACGUGAAGGAACUUCGCGAGACAGGCCUGGCAUACCGAACGGCUCCAUUGGAUGACCCCAUGGAUGUUGCAAACUGUGUCAUCAGAUACGUGCUUGCUACCGCAGCGGAUACCAUGAGGUUUCUUGUGCAAUCCGUCAAAGACUGGGAAUCGGAAAACGAGAUCCGAAAGAACGCAGCUCAAAUUGGUAGCGCGCUAGGCUUGUCAACUUCCUGCUACCCACUGAAGCAGCGCUUUAUGGCCCAUGUACGGGAUAUCGUGCAACACCAACAUUUGGGCAACAGGCGCGAUCUCCGAACCGUCGUCAGCGAACUGAACCUCCCUCCCGACGUCUCAGCCAGUGUCAUCUUUGGCAGACUCCUCCUUACUAUAUACGACCUUCCCACUGCCCUUGAACUUUGCCAGAAGCCUAUGAGAAUACUGGGGACUUCUUAUGAUGUUGUACCUUUCCUGGUUCAAGGCACUCCGCUUUUCUGCUACAACUGCUAUGCAGCUGGCCACUUCAAAGAGUCAUGCAACAGUCCUACCGUCCGGUGUCGUCGUUGUGCUGGAGAGCAUGCCACUAAUACUUGUAGGUCUAAUGAGACUAAGUGCUGCAACUGCGCGGGACCUCACCCCGCCUGGGAUCUGAGGUGCACGAACAUCAAGUCAGUACGAGAGCAUGAAAACUCUGCCAAACGCCGCCAAGUAGGACCAGAGUGGGGUAGCUUGGUUAACAAUCCCCCUCCAUCCCAAAAGACAGGGAAGAAGCAGCAGACCGCAACAGCCGCAAGCACCUCUUUGCCUUCUGAUUCCUCAUCGCAAGAGACCCCACUUCCCUCGCCACAGGAUACUCCGCCUUCGAUGUCGCCAGAGGCUCCCACUUCCACGUUACAAGAGGAUUCCACGUCCACGCCACAGGCAGCCCCAAAGAAGCAUCGUGGCAGGCCACCGAAAGCGCGUGCUGCUGAUCUUGAGCAGUCUACCAUGACUCCCCCUCUCUCGUCUCAAGAAACUCCUCCUUCCACGUCGCCAGAGGCUCCCACGUCCUUGUCGCAAGCAACCCCGAAGAAGCCCCGCGGCAGGCCACUGAAAGCGCAAGUUGCGGACCACCUUGAGCAGUCUAGCAUGCAUGCUUUUACCAUAAAGUAG